ACAAUCAACCAUACAUUUAGAAAAUGCAACCUUCUUAAAUGACCUCUAUUCUCUGUAGCUCGGUUUGUUUCUCUGUUGAGUACCCCAUCACAGUCGAUUUGCAGCAUCAAAGAGUAGCCAAUUUUUAUUCAUCGUUCUAAAGAGGAAAAGGACAUUGACAAUUUGAAAUAUAUGGGAAUAAAGGAGGCCUGCGCUUAUGAAGAUCAGCAUAUCAUAAUUGACAUUCCAGAGGAUUUGGAACCCGACCUCAAUUCUUCAUGUUGGAUCCACAGAGUUCCAAGGAAGAUCCGGCAGCUAAAAGAAGAAGCCUAUACUCCCCAGCUAAUAUCUGUAGGGCCUUUUCACUACGGCAACCCGCAACUGAAAUCCAUGGAACACCACAAAACCAAGUAUCACGACCAAUUCUGGAAACGGGAUUUCUGUAAACACAUUGAGGUGGAUGAUAUCAAAGAUUUCAUGGAAGAUGGGGAUCGCCGGGAAAGCAUCCGGCGUAGCUAUGCAGGGACACUUGGGUUUGGGAAUGAUCCGGACCAGUUGUUCCAUGUGAUUCUAAGAGAUGCUUGCUUCAUCUUUGAGCUAUUCUUGAGAAACUAUGAAAUCUCAAAGUACGAUAAAGAUUAUAUAUUGAAAACUCCAUGGCUAAGGAAAGCUGUAGAGCUGGACUUGAUAAUGCUGGAAAAUCAGCUCCCUUUUUUUGUUUUCACUGAACUUUUCGACUUCAUCCUCCUAACAAAGCCACAAAAUAGUAAAGAAUUGGACAUGAAUAAUAGCCCUCCUUAUCCAUCCCAACUCCGCGAGGAAAGUGAAGGGCACAAUUUCUUUCUAAAGAUAACCUGUGCUUUCUUCAUUGAUUAUUAUAGCCAUGGAAAGCUUCUGGAUGAGGAAAUGCAACACUUCAAGAGAAUCAAACAUUUCACCGAUUUGGUCAGACAAUUCCUGUGUCCAAACAGAAGGUAUCCCAUUCAUGCUGGCAAUAUGAGCUGUCUCUACACUGCAAAGCAACUAGAUGGUUCAGGGGUGAACUUCGUGCCGCGUAAGGAUCAACGCUUAGCGGACAUAAAGAUAGAACAGAGUACACAUAAGUGUAUGCCUUGGAAAUCUUUGAAACUGGAAGUCCCCGAAUUCAAGGUAGAAGACGAUACUGAAUGCGUCAUGAGAAACAUUAUGGCGUUGGAGCAGUGUGUUUAUCCAUUUGAGACUUAUAUCUGCAAUUAUGUUUCUUUUUUGGAUCAACUAAUCAACACAGCUGAAGAUGUAGAAUUGCUGGUUGAGAAGAAAGUGGUUCAUAACUUGCUUGGUAGCAACGAUGCAGUAGCAGAUUUGAUUAACAAGCUUUGCGACCAGAUUGUGGAAACAAGUUUCUGCUAUGGUGGUAUAUGCCAAGUGCUUAAUGAGCAUUAUGAUAAUUUUUGGAACGUUACCAAGGCAACUCUUAAGAGCGUUUACUUCAAGGAUCUUUGGACAAGUAGUUCUAGUAUUGUUGCACUUUUUGUACUUUUGUUCUCAGUUGUUUCAGUCAUUGCAAGCAUCAAGGAUAUGUCUUCUAAUUAACUAACAAUUGCCAAUUUAAAAUCUUGAAAUUUA